AUGAUGUUCUCCGUUGCCACCCUCUUCUUGACUGCCUUGACUGCCUCGGCUACCAUCAUUGCCCCUCCCACUAUUCCUCGCGCUAUGGGAGAUAUCAUCAUCCUCCAGCCUCCUCAAGGCUAUGUCGUUCGUGCUGGUGAAGCCUUUGCCUUGCACUACAUCAACAAGCCCUCUGACUCGUUCGUCACUUACGAGACCGAGGUUGGCUUGCAACGCGCCGGCCGUCAUAACAUUCGCGGCAUCAAACAAUUCCACCCGAUCACUGACGUGAUUAAGGAGUCGAUCACGAUUCCCCAACACACCCAGCCCGGACGUUACAACUUGAUCAUUACCGAUCACCGCACCACCUUUGACAAGGAUACCGUUGAAAACCAAGCUUUGCCUUCUUACCGCAACCAGGCCCUCAACAUUAGCAUCACUGUUGCUCAUGCUGACCCUUACCACAAGGAUCUCAAGGAGCUUUAA